AUGGCCUUCGGGAACAAGGUCAAUUUCACGUCCGCCGACGGGGACAAGGGCAAGAUGGCGCCUGAAGAGUCCGUCCAGGUUCAGUCCAUGAGCCCUUCCACGGACCUGAACGACAUCGAUUGUGAGAAGCAUGGCGCCAGUCGCGAGUCGAACCCGAUGCCAGAUCUCAAACGGAAGCUGAAAAGCAGGCACCUGCAGAUGAUUGCCAUUGGUGGUACCAUCGGCACCGGUCUGUUCAUUGGUAGUGGUACUGCUGUUGCCGAGGGAGGACCUGUCGGUGCCCUGAUUGCCUACAUCUUCGUUGGCACGAUCGUCUAUUCGGUUAUGACAUCCUUGGGUGAAAUCGCGACCUACAUUCCCAUUCCCGGAGCGUUCACGGCCUACGCUGCCCGUCUAGUGGACCCCAGUCUCGGCUUUGCUAUGGGUUGGAUCUAUUGGUUUUCCUGGGCUAGCACUUUCGCCCUUGAGUUGACAGCAACCGGCCUGAUCAUACAAUUUUGGGAUGAGUCGAUCAAUAUCGCCAUAUUUGUCGCCGUAUUUUGGGUUGUGAUCACACUCUUGAAUUUCUUGCCCGUCAGCUUCUACGGCGAGUUGGAGUUUUGGCUCUCGAGUAUCAAAGUCAUCACUGUUGUUGGAUUUAUGAUCUUUGCCAUCUGCAUUGACGCCGGCGCUGGUGACGAAGGCUACCUCGGAUUCCACUAUUGGGUCCAUCCCGGGCCGUUCUCUCCUUACUCAGGCGUCCAUCCUGAUUCGGUGGCAAAGUUCGUUGGUUUCUGGUCAGUCCUGAUCCAGGCCGGCUUUUCAUACCAAGGAACGGAGUUAGUCGGUAUUGCCGCGGCCGAGACAGAAAAUCCUCGCAAAACGGUUCCUGCGGCUAUUCGGAAGACUUUCUAUCGCAUUCUGUUCUUCUUCGUCCUGACUAUUUUCUUCAUCGGCAUCCUGGUGCCCUACACCAACGAGAACCUUCUGACGGAUGGCAGUGAUGCCAACUCGUCGCCAUUCGUCAUUGCGGCCCGACUGGCAGGAGUCAAAGUUCUGCCCCAUAUUAUUAACGCGGUUCUCUUGACUGUGGUGCUUUCUGCCGCCAAUUCGAAUGUCUAUAGUGGCAGUCGUAUCCUACUGGGCUUGGCUCAAGAAGGAUUUGCCCCGCGCUGGUUCAAGAAGACCAGUAAGAGUGGCGUGCCAUACUUCAGCGUCGCCUUCACGGCAGCAUUCGGUCUGCUUGGUUUCAUGAAUGUCUCCAAUGCCGGUAGUACUGUGUUUAACUGGCUUGUCAACAUCGCAGGUGUGGCAGGAUUCAUCACUUGGGCGUCAUUGAACGGCUGCCAUCUUGCUUUCAUGCGUGCCCUGAAGGCUCGCAACAUCUCUCGUGACACCCUUCCGUACAAAGCCAUCUGGCAGCCGUACUAUUCUUGGUAUGGUCUUUUCUUCAACGUCCUAAUUAUCAUCACGCAAGGUUUCACAUCCUUCAUCACCACUUUCAGCGUCACGGACUUCUUUAUCGCCUACAUCAGCCUAAUUCUCUUCGUGGUGCUCUACCUUGGCCACAAAAUCUACUUUCGCACAUCGUUUGUCCACCCACUCGAAGCCGAUAUCGAUACAGGUCGCGCACAGGUGGAGAACGAGACAUGGGAAACCGAGGUUCCGACCAAAUGGCAUCAGAAAAUCUUCCACUCGUUCCUGGGUUGA